CAACCAAGGAGCUCCAAUCCAACCUCCCUGGUAGGGCACAGGCACGUGUGGAUGUGUCCGUCAUCAUGCCUGUGCACAAUGCUGCGGCCUGGCUGCAGGAGUCUCUGCAGUCUGUCCUGCUGCAGACGUUCAGGGGCUGCAUGGAGAUGGUCGUCUUCAAUGAUGCCAGCAAGGACAGUUCCCUGCAGAUAAUUGAGGACUGGAGACAGAAGUUUGAGUCAGCAGGAAUACUGAUGACUGUCGGGGGUCAUGAUUCAGACUCACCCAGAGGAGUUGGCUAUGCCAAAAACCAGGCCAUCCUGCAGAGUAGUGGAGCAUAUCUGUGUUUUCUGGAUGCAGAUGACGUGAUGCACCCCAGGAGAGUGGAACUCCAGUAUGAAACAGCAGUCAGACAUCAAAGUGCAAUAGUUGGCUGCCGUGUCCACCGUGAACCAGACGGGUCCACAGACAGGUACACACGGUGGAUCAACACCCUCACACCUGAACAGCUCACAACACAGAUCUACACAGCCAAUGGUCCUACAGUGAUCAUGCCCACAUGGUUCUGUGCCCGUUCUGUGUGGGACAAGGUUGGAGGCUUUCAUGAAGGAGGAAAGGGUGUGCCUGAAGACCUGAUAUUCUUUCUGGAGCACCUGCGGUUGGGAGGACAGGUGAUACGUGUGGACGAGCACCUGCUUACCUACAGGUAUCACCCGCAGGCCGCAACAGCUUCUGUACACAGAGAAACGAUAUGGACCAUACAGUUGGCAGCCCUGCAGGUCAGGGUUUUGGUCAACUGGAGCAGGUUCACCAUCUGGAACGCUGGAAAACAGGGAAGACGAUUUUAUAGGGACCUGUCUAAAGAAAGUAAAGCUAAGGUAGCUGCGUUCUGUGACGUUGAUGUUAAAAAGAUCGAGAAAGGCUUUUAUACAUACGAGGAAUCAAGGGAGUUGCCAAAGCCGAGAGUUCCCAUCAUACAUUUCAAGGAGGCAUCUCCACCUUUUGUUAUAUGUGUCAAACUGGACCUGACGGGGGGACAGUUUGAGAAGAAUCUCGCGUCUCUCAAUCUUCGGGAAGGAGUCGACUACUUCCUCUUCAGCUGAUUCUGGUGGUAAGGACUCUGCCACGUACCGACUGGACCAGUGGAGAACUUUAGACCCUCCUCCUCCAAAGGAAGCUCUACAGAGCCCAUGUGAGUCCCUACCUCAUGGCACUCAUUUGCCUAGAAGGAAAUGGGCUGCCUUGAACAGAGCUAGGUGUGGAGUAGGUAGGACCAGAGCUAAAAUGGGGACGGGUGAGCUCAGCUGACUGCCCAUGUGGACACCCUACCCAAACCAUGCAACACAUCCUACAGGACUGCGAAUUUGGACCAUCUGUCACCAAACGAGACCUGUAGGAUGCAAACCAAGAGGCCCUGGACUGGCUGGAGCAGUGGGCCGACAAGAUAUGAUGAUGAUGAGCUGAUUCUGGCUGACAGUGGACAAUUUU